AUGGAAGCUAUCAAGGCGACAUUUGCGAAAUGCAAGCAGGAAAAGCGCUCCGCUCUAGUCACAUAUGUUACCGCGGGCUAUCCGACGAUUGAAGAGACAGUUGAUGUCCUGUUGGGGCUUGAAAAUGGAGGAGCUGAUCCAAUUGCCGACGGCCCAACAAUUCAAAAGGCCAAUAACCAGGCGCUGCUGAAUGGUGUCACGAUUCCAAUCGUCUUGGACAUUGUCCGCACCGCGCGGAAGAGCGGCCUGAAGGUUCCUGUUCUUUUCAUGGGCUACUAUAAUCCGUUGCUACAAUAUGGAGAGGAACGCAUGCUCCAGGAUACCAAAGAAGCGGGUGCCAAUGGCUUCAUUAUGGUGGAUUUGCCUCCUGAGGAGGCUGUGCGAUUCCGUAAUCUGUGCACUUCCACUGGAUUGUCAUAUGUCCCUCUUAUCGCUCCUGCGACUUCUGAUUCGCGCAUGAAACUCCUCUGUCAGAUUGCCGACUCGUUCAUCUACGUUGUUUCGAGAAUGGGCGUUACUGGCGCCACGGGCACAUUGAGCACUGGCCUGCCAGAGUUACUCAAGAGAGUCCAUCAAUACUCAGGAAAUGUCCCCGCCGCCUUGGGUUUCGGUGUGAGUACUCGCGAGCAUUUCCUAGCCGUCCAAGACAUUUCCGAGGGCGUUGUCAUCGGAAGCCAAAUCAUCAGUGUCCUCGGUCAAGCACCCGAAGGCCAGAGGGCCCAAAAAGUGGAAGAAUAUAUUACCAGCGUCACCGGUCGCAAACUGGAGCGCGACAGCCAGGGUCAAAUUGUCAGUGUGAAAACAGUCUUCGAGGUUGUGGAAAAGAAGCCUCAAGCAGACGACGGCGCUCAACCAACGGCUGUUAUCACCGAAGGCGAACCAGGCGCUGCACAGCCAAAUCUGGUAGACCAGAUUGAAAAUCUCAAUAAAGCAGAUGCUGAUCCGGCUGCUCUGCCCUCUCGCUUUGGACAGUUUGGUGGACAGUAUGUCCCGGAGUCUCUUAUGGACUGCUUAGCGGAGCUAGAAAAGGGAUUCAAUGAAGCGAGGAAUGACCCUAAAUUCUGGGAGGAGUUUCGUUCAUACUACCCCUAUAUGGGUCGGCCGAGCCGACUACAUCUCGCCAACCGCUUGACGGAUCAUGUUGGAGGUGCAAAUAUAUGGUUGAAGAGAGAAGAUUUGAAUCAUACCGGAAGUCACAAGAUCAACAAUGCUCUUGGCCAAGUCCUUCUAGCACGUAGACUCGGAAAGACUCGUAUCAUUGCCGAGACUGGCGCUGGUCAGCAUGGUGUUGCCACAGCCACGGUCUGUGCCAAGUUUGGCUUGCAAUGUGUCGUCUACAUGGGUGCAGAGGAUGUGCGACGUCAAGCACUAAACGUCUUCCGCAUGCGACUUUUGGGCGCAUCGGUUGUCGCUGUUGAUGCUGGAACAAAGACCCUCCGAGACGCAGUCAACGAGGCCAUGCGUGCCUGGGUUGUCGACCUCGACACUACACAUUAUAUCAUUGGUUCUGCGAUUGGUCCUCAUCCUUUCCCAACGAUCGUACGGACCUUCCAAUCCGUCAUUGGUGACGAGACCAAGGAGCAGAUGAAGGAACUCAUUGGGAAGCUCCCCGACGCAGUUGUCGCUUGCGUUGGCGGAGGCAGCAAUGCAGUUGGCAUGUUCUACCCUUUCUCCAACGACCCCAGCGUCAAGCUCGUCGGCGUCGAGGCUGGCGGCGAUGGAGUCAACACCGGUCGCCAUGCCGCCACACUCAGCGGCGGUUCCAUGGGCGUUCUGCACGGCGUACGCACCUACGUCCUGCAAGACAAGCACGGCCAAAUCCAAGACACCCAUUCCGUCUCCGCUGGUUUGGACUACCCUGCCGUCGGCCCCGAGCUUAGCAAUUGGAAGGAAAGCUCUCGCGCAAAAUUCAUCGCGGCCACGGACGCCGAAGCCUUCCGCGGUUUCCGUAUGCUAUCUCAACUAGAGGGUAUUAUCCCGGCUCUGGAGUCGUCUCAUGCCGUCUUUGGGGCUAUUGAGCUCGCUAAGACUAUGAAAAAGGGCGAGAAUAUUGUUCUCAAUCUUAGCGGUAGAGGUGACAAGGACGUGCAAAGCGUGGCUGAAGAACUUCCCCGAUUGGGUCCUGAGAUUGGCUGGGAUUUGAGAUUUUGA